AUGGAGUAUUCUAGCAUUCAAUUGGAUGAUUUACCAGAUGAAAUUCUUCUGAUUAUAUUCAACAAAUUGAACAAACUUUCAGUACUUUAUUCGUUAGCAGGUGUCAACAAACGAUUAAAUGUGAUUGCGCAUAGUCCAAAUUUCACAGGUCGUUUGAACUUAUUACGAUGUUUAUCGGAUCAUUCUAUCCGACUAUUACCAAAAAGAAGACUUGAGCGAUUUUGUUCACAAAUGUUACCUGAAAUUCACCCUAAAAUCAAAUGGCUUAAUCUUGAGUCCAUAUCUAUUAAACGUAUUCUUCUCUCAGCAACAUAUCCUGCUUUAUACGGUCUUGGCCUAUACGUAUAUUGUAAUGAUAUAGGAGAAGCUAUGUCGCUCAUUACUAAACUGUACGUCCGUGUACAAGAUUUCACUGAUUGUCUUUAUUUACUCGAUGGUCGGUUCAGUCAACUUCGUACAUUUCGUGUUGAUGUUUAUCGCAUUUUCUCUAUCAGUUUACGAACCAAUAAUAAAGUAAGACUACUCGAUCUAAAAUCUUUUUCGUUACAUUCUGAUAUGCGUACGCAUGUUUCCGAUGAAUUGAUUAUGCCACUUCUACGACGAAUGCUAAAUUUAGAAACAUAA